CCGCUGUGUCACAACAACCUGCAGGGCGGAGCUGCAGCAGCUACAGACAGAGUAGCUAUUGAUUAAAAUAAAUGUGGCCUCUCUUAUAACAACAAUGAAACCGUUAUAUGUUAUAUUGACACUUGGGGCUGUGGCGUGCAGUGGAGUGCUACUGGCGAUGGUACUGUACUUUGUUUUAUCCCCAACGGCUACUCCGACAGAGGACUGGCAGACGGCCACGUCUAUUUAUGACUUCUCAGCGACAGAUAUUGAUGGCAAUUUGGUUCCCCUAGAAAAAUACAGGGGGGAUGUUGUCAUCAUCACCAACGUUGCCUCUAAAUGAGGUAAAACCCCAGUAAACUACUCUCAGUUUGCGGAAAUGCACGUCAAGUACAUUGAGAGAGGUUUACACAUCCUUGCCUUCCCUUCUAACCAGUUUGGGAACCAGGAGCCUGGUAAUGAAACCCAGAUCAAGCAGUUUGCUCAGUCCUACAACGCUCAGUUUGACAUGUUCAGUAAGAUUGAUGUGAAUGGGGCCAGCGCUCAUCCUCUGUGGAAGUGGCUGAAAAGCCAGCCCAACGGGAGAGGCUUCAUGGGAAAUAGUAUCAAGUGGAAUUUCACCAAGUUUUUGAUCAACAGAGAGGGUCAGGUGGUGAAGAGAUACGGACCCCUGGAUAAUCCAAGUGUGGUGGAGAAGGAUCUUCCCCAAUACUUGUAGCUGUCUAACGGAUGAUUGAUGCCUCACUUACUGAUCCUCUGUCAGUCCUUUUAGCUCCUUUCUCUGCCUCUCCAAGCACCAGUGGAUAUAGUUUGGUUCCACCCCAGACCAGUGACGGUCUGUUCAUAAACCCGCAUGGCGGACAGAGCAGACCUGAUGAAAAUGGCGUGCAAACCUCCUGGGAGGAUUACCAAGCUUGCAUUCAUUUGGUUCUCUGGAGAGAAGGAGAAUGGAUCCCUAAAUGGAUCAGUAGAUUUAUGUGUGGCAUUGUUUUCAUAAUAAAAUGCACAGAGAUUUUGCUCUAA